AAAAAAAAGGAAGUUGGAAAAGAUGGUAUUCUUUCAAGUUUUCAUCUCUUUGCUUCAUAUUUUCAUUUUCUGAUAGAAAAAAAAGGAAGUUGGAAAAGAUGGCAAAGUAUUCAACGGAGCAGGAAAUUGAGUGUGGUUUAAUAGGAGUUUUCCACUGGUGGAACAACUGGUCCCGAAAAUCAUCGGUGCCGGCAUUGCAGGGAAAGGGGAUGCAUAAGGUAUUAAAAGAGGCUGUCACUGAUAAGUCUAAAAGGAUUUCAAACAUUGAUGAUUCCAGGAGAAGACGUAGUUGCAGCACUGUGGAUUCAGACUCAGUACUCCAGGAUUCAUCCAACUUGGCUUUACCGAAACCGAGAAGGAAGUCCGACGUGUUUCCACCACGGAAUUCAAUCUCAAAUGCAGCUAGAAGCACCACAUCAUCAUCUGGUUCAACAUAUCACUCCAAGGAGCUUGCUAAGGUGAUAAUUAAAGAUGAACAACAAUCAAACAAUAACAAAGCUCUCAUUCGAGCAACUUCUAGUAAUGUAAUGCUAGCAAGCCAAUUAGGGAACCUGAGGCAGCUAGGAGCUGGGAGUGGCACAGGGAAGAAUGGUUCCAAUGCAACAAUUGAUGUUUUGGAUGAUUUCUAUCACAAGGCACAUUCCACACAAAAUCCACCAAGAAAAAACAACAUUGACAAACUUGCCAGCUCGGUCAUGGGAAAUAUUAUAAGGCAGCCUAGUGACGAAUUUAAACAGUUUCACGGUCCAACCACAAGAUUGGAUCCUGAAACACUGGAGAGCAAGGGGAAUGAGGCAUAUAAGCAGGGAAGGUUUGAAGAGGCAUUGGCUUUAUACGAACGAGCAAUUUCUCUCAAUUCUAAACAGGCAACGUAUCGGUGUAAUAAGAGUGCGGCCUUGUUAGGCUUAGGUCGUCUUAUGGAGGCUGUCGUCGAGUGCAAAGAAGCUAUCCAACUUGAUCCUACUUAUUGCAGAGCUCAUCGCCGUUUGGAAAAAAUUUAUCUCAGAUUGGGGAAACCAGAACAAGCAUUAUAUCAUUACAAAAAUGCUGGCAAUCAUGCAGAUUCUAAUGACAUAUCUGAAGCUCAGACUCUAAUUCAAUGCCUCAAAAGAUGCACCGAUGCACGAAAAUCACAUGAAUGGAACAGUUUAGUUAAUGAGACUCAAUGUGCUAUAACCUCAGUGGUCGACUACGCACCUGAGGUCUAUGCUCUACAAACAGAGGCCUUAUUGAAUCUCCAUAGGCAUCAAGAGGCUUAUACGUCAUCCAACAAAGGACCAGAAUUUGCCAUUGAAUCUUGUAUUAAUUUCUUUGACCUGGCCGUUUGUGCUUAUCUCUUAAUGAUCAAAGCACUUGUCUACAUGGUUUCGGGCAGGCUAGAUGAGGCUGUAUCAGCAGCACAGCAUGCGGCUAGACUGGAUCCAGGCAACAAGGAAAUAAGCUUAGUGGUAAUGAAAACUAAAGCGGUAUCAUCGACUCGAUUGAGUGGUAACUUGCUCUUCAAGGCAUCGAAAUUCGUAGAGGCUUGCAUCGUAUAUAGUGAAGGACUCGAAUACGAUCCAUACAACUCAGUUUUGCUAUGCAACAGAGCAGCUUGCCGAUCUAAGUUAGACCAAUUCCAGAAGGCUAUUGAAGAUUGCACAGCUGCUCUCAAUGUUCAACCUUCCUACAGGAAAGCAAGGCUAAGGAAAGCUGAUUGUAAUUCCAAGCUUGAAAGAUGGGAAAUGGCAAGCCAAGAUUAUGAGAUGUUGAUAAGGGAAACUCCAGGAGACGAGGAGGUUGUUCGGGAUUUAUUCGAGGCUAAUGUCCAACUCAAGAAGCAGCAAGGUCAAGACAUGGAGGACUUGAAGUUUGGGUCAAAUCUGGUUUUGGUCUCUAGCAACGAGCGUUUCAGGCACUUUGUAACCUCACCUGGGAUGAGUGUGGUGCUUUUCUGCAGCAAAGUAAAACACAAGCAAGUAGAGAAGAUUAUGGAGCAAGUGUGCAAGAGGUUCCCAUCUAUCUUCUUCAUCAAGGUGGAGAUAGAAGAUCAUCCUUACUUAGCUAAGUCAGAGGCUUUAAGCUCCAUUCCAGCAUUCAAAAUAUACAAGAAUGGAUCAAGAGUGAAAGAAGUUCCUGGAAAUAACCCUGAAUUGCUAGAAAGUUCAGUCAAAUUGUACAGCAGUUGAAGAUGGAAGUAGACAACAAGAUAGGGCAAGAACAAAGAGAAGAUAUGGAUGAAGAUUUGCCACCAUUUGUUUAUAAAGAAAGAGAGAGAAAUAAUUUUAAUGAUGGGCUAAAUCCUAAUCAUGUCUGCUAAAUUACUUUGUAGACAUUAAAUUCACACUUGUAGGGAAAGCUGAGUGAAAUCAGGGUGGCAACUUGUGAUUUAAAGACGCAUAGAGGAGAUUAUCU